UUUAUACUCUAGAUUCUUCAUCCAUGCAACAUGAAGAGUGUUUUUAUUGUUGUUUGUACAUUGGCUCUCAUCAUAGUUGGGAGUCAAGUAAAUGGGGCCGAUAUUCCAAAGGGAUCUCCUAAUGGUACGUCUCAGGGAGCAGGUGGAGGUAGAGGUGGUGGUGUUGCAUCAGGAGGUGUAAGUGGCGAUGCCUCAGGAGGUACAGGUGCAGGUACUUCAGGAGGGGGAGGAUUCAGUUUUGGUGGUAGAGCAGGAGCAGGUUCCGGAUCAUCAUGAGGAAAUUAGUGCUUAUUAUAUUUGCUUUGUCAAUUGUUUUAAUAAAAUGCUUUGCCAAUAACAAACAUGUUUUUUAGG